AUGUCGUCACAGCCUCUCAGCAGUAUGAUGGGGGGAUUGACACUCGGGAAUAACGGUGGACCACCAUCGCCUUCACCCAUUGGUCGAUCGACAAACCCAAACAAUCAUUCAUCUUCUCAAAAUCGUCUACCACCCGUAUUGAAGAAGUACAUGAAUCCAGGACUUGUUCGACCUCCUAAUACUGGCUUGACGUCUUCUGCUUCAGCAUACGGAGAAUCCAAUAGAGCUCCAUUAUUGAAAUUAGCAGGUGUAAACGUCCCCAUACAACAUAACAACAAAUCAACAACUAAUUCACCUGCUGGGAAAUUGAAACAACACACAGCACAUGGACUACAUGGACCUGCACAUUCAACUUCUUCGAGAGCAUUAUCGAGCUCUAUCAAUCCAAAUGUACCUAAACACCCAACUUCUAUCACUACCACCUCCAUAACCACUACUACUACGACCAGUUCUUCUUCGAGGGCAAUGGAAUUGGGUAGAUACGAUGGUGGAUUAGAAGCUGAUUUAGAAGGUAAAGAAAUUGUCACUGGUGAAUCUGCAAAGAUACUGGAGAUGGACAGUGGAAGUGCCGGUAUACCACUCUCACUGCCUGCAUUCCAGAUCGGUCGACCAUUAGGUAAAGGUAAAUUCGGAAGGGUGUACUUGGCAAGAACAAAAGCUCCACCACAUUUCAUAGUAGCUUUAAAGUGUUUACAUAAAGCUGAAAUCGUACAAGGGAAAGUUGAGAAACAAGUUAGGAGAGAAAUUGAAAUUCAACAAAAUCUAAGACAUCCCAAUAUAUUGAGAUUGUAUGGUUAUUUCCACGAUUCAAAGCGAAUCUUCCUAGUUUUGGAAUUCGCAAUGAAGGGUGAACUUUAUAAACAAUUAUCCAAACUAGGUAAAUUCGAUGAAAAAAGAAGUAGUAGAUAUAUCGCUCAAAUGGCGGACGCUUUGUCAUAUCUUCACAAGAAACACGUGAUGCAUAGGGAUAUCAAACCUGAGAAUCUGCUUAUAGGACUAAAAGGUGAAUUGAAGAUAGCAGAUUUCGGUUGGAGUGUGCACGCACCUUCAAAUAGAAGAAACACACUUUGUGGUACUCUCGACUAUUUGCCUCCUGAGAUGAUUGAAGGCAAAGAACAUACUGCUCAAGUAGAUCUAUGGGCUUUAGGUGUUUUAUGUUACGAGUUUAUAGCUGGUGGACCUCCUUUUGAAGAUUUAUCUGGUCAUGCUGCUACUUAUAGAAGAAUUAGGAAUGUCGAUUUACAUAUUCCAGAUAGCGUUUCUCCUGAAGCAGCUGAUUUGAUCAAGAGACUGCUACGAUAUAUUCCUGAAGAUCGGAUAGCUCUCUCCGAAGUAUUGGUUCAUCCAUGGAUUUUGAAAUACCAAAAGAAAAGAUCUGCGGGUGGCGUGAGAGAAUCAUGA